AUGACAGGAAUAGAUGUUCCAGCAGCAAACCUUCCAAUACUCACAGAGAAGAAUUGGAACAGAUGGAACACGCAAAUGAGAGUGUUGUUCAGAUUUCAAGAUGUGAGUGAUGUCGUUGAGGGCAAUGGGCUAGAGCUUGAUCUUGGUGCUUCAGAAGAUCAGAAAGCUGCAGUCAGGAGGAAAGACAACAAGGCGUUGUUUCUCAUUCAUCAAUGUGUUGAUGAUACUCACUUUGAAAAGAUCCAGAAUGCGAUUACUGCCAGAGAAGCUUGGAGUAUUUUGGUGCGAUGCCAUGCGGGAGGAGAAAACAUUAAGAAGAUGAAAGGAUGUGGAAAGUCAAUCAAUGAUCUGAUGAUUAUUGAGAAGAUUAUGAGAUCCUUACCACAGAAGUUUGACUACAUAGUAGUUGCAAUUGAAGAGUCGAGAGAUCUUUCAAAAAUGAAAAUUGAGGAACUUCAAAGCUCGCUGGAGGCACAUGAGAUGAGGUUAUUGGAUAGAAAUCCCAUCAAGAACAGUGAACAAGCCCUGAAGGUACACCAUUCUAAGAAUAAUGAUAAAAAGAAGUUCAAGAAGUGGAAAGGUAAACACGCAAAAGGGAAUUGGAAGACUGAUAAGGGUAAAGAUGAUCAAGAAGACAAACCUGUAUCAGUGGAGAAGAGUGGCGGAUCGGAUAGAGGUUACCAAAAGAAGGAUAAAAGAAGUGUGGAAUGCUUCAAUUGUCACAAGCAUGGACAUUAUGCUUAUGAAUGCUAUGCUGAUAAGAGUAGGCAGAAGAAAUAUCAAGGAAAAGAGGCUUACAUUGCACAAGAUUUAGAUUCAGAAUCGUUGACUUUGAUGGUAACCACUUCUGCAGAAAACUCUUCCUCUCAAUCUGACUUGUGGUACCUAGAUUCUGGUUGUUCAAACCAUAUGACAUGCCACAGAGAAUGA